UGCUCCUGCUACACACGCAUCGCUCCUACUCGCACUCGCCAGAUAUGAGGCGCUAAAGCACCACACACACUCUCUCUCACCUCUCAAGAAGUUCAGCCCGAUCAGAGUGGCAAGAAGACUCCAUCAUGGCCGCUUCCGGCAGUCCGCUCUUCUCUGCCUCCUCUUCAUCGUCCCCGUCGUCCUCGGUACCCUCAUCGCCUUCCUUCUCGAGACAGGUGGUCCGCACAUCGGCUCCUUCGAAUGGUACCACGCCGAGGGAUCGGUGGAUGGGGCGACGUGGAAUGGUUGAAGCGGACGACUUUGACUUUGAUGAAGAUGAGGAGGAGGAUCGCAUCAAGUCAUUCACCAAGAACACCCCUCCUGCAUCGCCUUCACGCUCCCACAUUGAGGAGCAAUGGAAAGGCAGUGAGGCCUCAGGCUCAUCAUCUGCCGCGGCAGAAGUAAGACAGAAUAGCAUUUCGAACCGCUCGCCUACACUGGAAGGUCCUGCAAGCGCUAGCAGUGCGAGAAGAAAUCGGCCGCGAAGCUCGCCUUUCUCCAGCCCACGCAAGAGAGAAGCUACCUACGAAUCCAGGGAAGCUCGUCUGGCUGGCCUUGCGACCUCUCCGGACAUCCAACCUUCUCCUCGGGCAUCAGCUCAAUAUCGAUCUACUCAGCGCUCUGCGAAGAGAGCAGGAGGCUCUGCUUGUCCAGACGACUGCCGUUGCUCGGACAGGGAGAUUGAGAUGGGCCGUUGUGCUUGUGCCCUUGGCAGCGCUAGCGCUAGCGGAAGUAGUAGUCGGGACAGCAGUCCGGAUGUGGGUGAGGAGAGCAGAACAUUAGGUGGACAAGUGCGGAUGAAUUGGCAAAGGGGGGAGAGAACACCCGCUCUUUCUACCGCUCGGACUCUGCCAUCUCUGGAGAGGGUUUCGGCUCAGGCCGUGGGCAGCUACAGCACUGCAAGGAGGCCCCGACCUUCUAACAACCUCGCCGCCUCGACUUCGGAAGCAGAGAGCGUGGAUGCUGGGGCAUCGCAUAGCUAUUCGAGGGUCUCUGCUGCAGGAAGACCUUCACUCAAGGCAACGCUUGCUCGGCAAAGCAGAGCAGAGCGCUUGUAUCCGAAUCAGACUGGUGGCGCGAACAUCCGGACAGCGCCCUUCUCGCUUUCUACACUCGAGGACGAGGAUGAGGAGACUGACGCUCGUAGGAAGAGGCGGAGAGAGGAAAGGGAUCGUUUGAUCCGGCAGCGGAUAGAAGAGAAGCGGAAGAGUCGAGAUCAGCAGGAGUUGGGCCUGGGGUUGAGUCCCAGUACGACGAUACGAGUGCAAGCAGAUGGGGCUGACGAUUCGCGGGAAGGCAGCCAGGCUGAUGCGAGGAGAGAGCGCACUCUCGAAGAGGACGUGACGCGUAUACGUACGCUCUCAAGACCUCCCAGCAGUAAUUCUAUAGCGGCCUUUGCGGCUAAGGUCUCUCCCUCCAGGAUCAACUUACGGAGAGCCCCACCUCUUGCGUCUAGCGACGGGGCUAUCGAGCAGGAUGUGCUACAGGAGAGCAUCAAGCUGACGCCGAGCAAGACCCUGAAGGAAGUGCUGUCUCAAGAGAGCGCCCUGGAAGAAGCCAGAAAUCCCACCGGUCGUACAUCGCGCGCACCAUCGAUUGCUUCCUCUUCUGGCUUCUCCUUUUCGCCUCAACGCAUGUCCGUCGAAGUCCCACCAAGCAGUCCUUCAACGCCAGGUUCCUCUCCGAGGAGAUUGGCGCACAGACGUACCGGAGGUGGAGAGGGGGAUGUUGUGAGCGUCGCUGCCAAUUUACCCGCCAACGAUCCGAUGGAAGCAAGACAGCGUCUGCGCAGCGCCUUCCGCUCGCCCAUCAUUGGCUCCCCUGGGUCUCCUCAUUUGGUACAAGAAGAAUUGUCCACAUCCGCUCCCGGUGCGGGCAACAGUAGAGAUGCUUUCAACGUCAGCAACUCUCGUAAGUCGGUGAGGUUCAGUCCAGAAGCAGAAUUCGUCGAGGCUCAGAGAAUGGAUUCAUCAAUGAGCUCCGCGAAUGACGAAGACGCGCAGGCCGAGGAAGAAGACUCGAGUGAAGAUGAAGAGUCGGUGGAUGACGAUGCCAACGAUCGAGGCGAGCAGACCACUGAGCUCCAAGAUGCUCAACAUGCCGACCAGAGUCCAAUCGCGGUGGAUGCGUCUGUCAUCAAGCCUUCCGCGCGUGCUUCAGCACCGACGUCCUCGCCCGGUCUUGUCAAUACGCCCAUACGUCUUCCUCCUGGCGCAUUCGGCUCGCCCUUUGCUUUGGGCAGGCUUCCUAGAGAGGACCGGGAGAACCAACCGUCUUUCUCUGUCUUCACGCUACGCCCUCAUGCCAAGCGAAUUGAUCAGAGUGGGCGGCAGAGUCCCUCAUCUACGCCUACACGACCUCCGGCCGACAAUACGCUGCUACCCGAGACACCGAUGCCGCCAGGAGGACUACGGGUGCUCAAGGGUAAGCUCCUUUCGUCUGCCAAUGCGACAAGGCUUUCUCCAACCCCAAGAACGCCCUUUGCAGUCUUGCAACGACAGAGUGCAUCGCAAGUCACAGGUGAAAGGGGCCUCCCGCCAUCGUACUCGGCCAUCGCCGCUUCCUCUCCGGCUUCGUCAAGUUUCUCGAUGAGCCGCUCCAAUAGUGUCGAGAGUGGGCUUGAUCAGCUCUCCCUUCAGCAGCCGAUAGGGGAGGAAGGAGAACGAAGCAAUCAGACGGAUUUGGAUGCGGAUGGCAGUGCCCAACCUCGCCAGUCGACUCCUCCCCCUUCUCAAGCACCACUUUCCCCUUCCCUCUCCUUGCCUCGACCUCUGCCAUUGGUCACAACGAAGAAGAGCGACGCUCAAAGUAAGCGCGACUCCCUCGCAGACGCUGUUCCCUGGACGCAUAUUGAGGAGCUGCGUGGAAUUGCCAGCCCACCUGACUCCCGUGCUGCGACGCCUCUGCACAAUCUCGAUACUGAUAGGAUUGCGGAAAGCGAAGGUCAGCCAGGUGGUGGAGAGGAAGACUCGAUUAGGGUCACACUGGCAAAAGUAGUCUCUGCCCUAGCCUCUCCACCCAAGAUCUCCCCGCCGCUUCUCCCGGAUGAGGGCGCCACUGCAGGUCUUCCCGACCUGAGCAUCGCUACCAAAGCUCAGCAAGCCGAGGAAGUCGUCGACGCCUCGACUCUCGCCACUCGAAGAUUGCUCCUCCAAGUCAAGCUCGAGGACGAACGCGCUCGGGAGCGUCGCGCCAGUCGAGCCCUGGUGGACCAUAAGCAGACGGGCCGACUGAGGAGCGCACAGGCGGAGCUCUUCUCCCGUAUCGCCAGCCUGGGAGUGGGACAGGUUUGGACUAGCGAGGCAGGAAACGGUAGUAGGGCACCGGCUCCUCUCUUCUCUCCGAGCAGGAUUCGACCUGCUCUCUUCUGGCUCAGCGUACAAUUGCUCAUUCUUUGGCUCGCACUUCUAGUCAUGCGUCACGGAGCAGACCAUCUGCAUCGUACCGUGUACUAUGACCCUCUGUAUGCACAUCUCUACGAAGUCGACACGAGAGGUCACUUGCGGUAUGGGACGACCUCGCGCUCCAGCUGGAUGUGGGAAUUGCUCAAGAGCAGAGGUACUCGGUGGCUCGUUGCGAGCACCUCACACCCCCACCACGCCUCCUCAAUGUCAACACCAGACUCAAAGACUAGCUUGGCGCAAGACUGGCACAGCUGGCCAGCCCUCUUUGCCUCGCUACAACACUUUCCCCACUGGCUAGCCUUGAAUCUCCUGACGGUAGAGGCAGCAGGCGCGACCGGUGCUCCAUCUUCUUCCUAUACCCACGUUUCACACUUUGUACCCGUCUGAAGUGUAAGUGUAAUUGUAUUCAUCGUUUGCCCCGUGAGUCAUCACCUCGCGUGAGUGUCGAGCUUAGGUAGGAGGUGUGCAUGCAAUGACUCAUACUGCAAGCUGGGGGGAUGAAUUGGAUGGAGAGUGCUUACAUUGACAGUACUCGAGGUAGGAAUGCAAACGCUUUCAUAAAAUAGGGCUUAUGCAGAGCGAAAUAGGGUACACGAAUGAGGGAAUAGCAAGAGCAAGGGGAGGCAGGGUAGGCAGUUCCUAAAAGAGAGAAAAGAAAUGGUGGGCAGCUCCAUCAAAGACGCAGCAAAAAGAAGAGGAUUGGGCGACCAAGUUCGAAGAAGCAGCGUACACACACGGCAAUUUUCCCAA